GCCCAUCGUCGAUGAGGUCAAAUGCUUACAGAAGAGUGUUUCUUGUUCUGAGCUGGCCUGUCCUAAUUAACCCAAUCGGACAAAUACCAUAUCACUCUCUCUCUCUCUCUCGGCCAGCCAACCCUCCUCCGUCUCCUUCGAGUCAUCCUGCGAUGGGGAUGAAGGGUAGAUGUACCGCUCCGCAUUGAUUCGACGCCACAAACGGCUCAUGGUGCCAUUGCAUCAUCAUUUAUGGGCUUUCUCUCGAGCUGCAUGCAUCCAUCCAUAAGUAUUCAAUUCACCUGCAAACUUCCCCUCCCCCAAACAAAAAAGUCCCAUCAAUUCCUAUUAUAUCACGUUGUAUUCAAUCAAAUCGAGUGUGUACAAAACCCAUGCACCUUUUUCUUUCUUCUUCCCGUCUCUCUACGGUCUUCUGGACUCGCAAGUCAGCGGUUCCGGUGGAAAUCGGAUGCUUCGUCCAGCAACGGUGACGAUUAGGCGCACAUUGCCUUGCGGCUUCCCGGUCGCAGUGCCGUGUCGUGGUGCUCGCGGGUCGCACGGCCGCCGCGGUUGGCGUCCGUCGGUCUCACGCGUCCGCCGCGGUAGUCGAGGUCGGAAGGAAGCUCACGGCGUACGCUGCGAACUGACACGUGUCGGUCAGAUCCUGAUCCGGUCGCUUGCGACGGCACGCAUCUCCAUGCGCUGCCCCGCCUUGACUUAUCGCCCGUCCCUCAUUAAGUCACGAGCGCUUCGGUCCAACUAAUGGAGCGUCCAUUUAGAACCAACUGACGGUCUGGAUUCAGCGCGCAUGCGGGCCCCACUCAUCGGAUGGUCAUCCAUUCCUUCGAUCACGUCGCUCUUACGCCCUAUUGAUUAAUUGAGGAGUAAACUCGAGACUUUGGUACCUGCUCUGUGGUCAACGCCAUCGCGAGAUCUCCUCCGCAGAUUUCAAACCCCCGCUCUCCCCAUAGUCAACGACUCCCUCCAUUAAUAGACACCGCACUCUCUCUCUCUUCUUCUUCGCCUUCGAUGGGCAACGGACUUGCCAGGCUCGCCUAUUGCUGCCCCGGCGACGGGGCGCCGACCGGUCGCCGACGCCGACGCCAUGGGGCUGUCGCCGUGACUUGGGACCCGUGCGACGAGGGGCUCGGCCAUUCCUUCUGCUACGUCCGGCGCGAUACCGAGUGCGGCGUCUCCGGUCGCCCCUACGCAGCCGCCGCCGCCGCCUCCACAGCAACGGCCUCCUCUAAGGUCCAUCACUCCGAGGAGACAACCACGUUCCGGACCAUCUCCGGCGCCGCCGUGAGCGCCAACGCAUCGACACCGCUGUCGACGUCCCUCCUCGAUGUCGCCGGGCCUAUCGCGGCUUCCGCCUUCGAGAGCUCCACAUCCUUCUCCUCCGUCGCCCUCCAGCCCGUCCCCCGGUUCUCCGGGCCGCUCUCCGGCCCUCUUGCCGCCGCCGACCGUGGGUUCAUGUCGGGCCCCAUCGAGAGGGGGUUCAUGUCCGGGCCCCUCGACCACCGGGCCUCCCUCUUCUCCGCCCCCCUCGACAAGCCACUCUGCUUCUCCGACCAGCUCCGGCGCAGCCUCUCGCACGGGCUCCCUAGGCCCCGCCGUAUGGCUGUGCGAUCCCUCAUCCGCGGGCUCACCAAGGCCGUAGCGAGGACCGUCUCCACUGCCUCGUACGGAAGCGGAUCCAUCGUCGCGCCCGUCAAGGGGCCAAAAGACUCCGGCUUGGCCGACGGCGGAUUAACGAAUCUCAGCGGAAGCAGUGGUCGGCAUAGCGUGGAGGCGGCGCAGUGGUCGGAUUCGCUCGACUCCUUAAACGGAAACCUCCAGUGGGCGCAGGGGAAAGCAGGGGAGGACCGCGUCCACGUCGUCGUAUCGGAGGAGCACGGUUGGGUGUUCGUCGGCAUCUACGACGGAUUCAAUGGUCCCGACGCCACAGAUUACCUGCUCUCCAAUCUCUAUCCGGCUGUGCAUCGCGAGCUCAAAGGACUGCUCUGGGAAGACAAAAACGACACCUUUUGCCGCGAGCCCGUCGAUGAUCCCACCACUCCCGCCGCCCCGGAUGAACAUAACCCCACGGUUGCGACGAAUUGGGCAGCAGACGACCGGUCGAGCAAAGAAGGAAGAGAAAACAAGAGGAAGCCAGUAGGUGCGGCGAGGAAGUGGGAGGAGAACCACCGAAGAUGGAGGUGCGAGUUCGAGAGGGAAAGGCUGGAGCUCGACAGGAGGUUGAAGGAGCAAUCGAAGCGGUCGAGUCAAGAUCGCUCGGUGAACCACUCGCUGGUGUUGGAGGCUCUCUCCGAAGCCCUGAGGAAGACGGAGGAAUCUUUCCUGGACAUCGCGGACAAGAUGGUGUCCGAGAAUCCUGAGCUGGCCCUCAUGGGCUCCUGCGUCUUGGUGAUGCUGAUGAAGGGGGACGACGUGUACCUGAUGAACGUAGGGGACAGCCGUGCAAUCGUAGCGCGGAAGGCGGAACCGGAUUCGUGGAGCUCCGUAGGAAAGCCACGGAAGGAUCUCGAGAGAAUCAACGAAGAAACACUCUUCGAGCUUGACGCAAACGGUGGCGGUGGUCCAUCUGGUGAGCCGACAAAUCUGGUAGCCUUGCAGCUUAAUUCGGACCACAGCACAUCCGUCGAAGAGGAAGUCGGAAGAAUCAGAGAUGAGCACCCCGACGACUCUUCUGCCAUUUGGAAUGAUCGCGUGAAGGGCUCGUUGAAGGUGACGAGAGCUUUCGGUGCCGGUUUCCUGAAGCAGCCCAAAUGGAACGACGGUCUUCUGGAGAUGUUCAGAAUCGAGUAUGUGGGGAACACACCGUACAUCACCUGCAACCCCUCCCUCCACCACCACAAGCUCGGCCCGAAGGAUGCAUUUUUGAUCCUAUCGUCCGACGGGCUUUACCAAUACUUCACCAACCAAGAAGCAGUCGCUCAAGUCCAAAUGUUCGUCGCAGCAACACCCGAAGGCGAUCCCGCUCAACACCUUGUCGAACAAGUCCUUUUCCGUGCAGCUAAGAAAGCCGGCAUGGACUUCCACGAGCUGCUUGAGAUUCCACAAGGUGAUCGUCGGCGGUAUCAUGAUGAUAUCUGCGUCGUCAUCAUCUCCUUGGAGGGACGAAUAUGGAGAUCCUGUAUGUAAAUAGGAUUACACUGUAGAAAUUAAACAGCUAUAGAGAUUGAUUGAUUGAUUGAUUACAACAACAACAACAUAAACAGGCUCUGAGGUGGUGGUGGUGGUAUAAUACGGACUGCAGAGCUACAAAAGCUACUUGGCACCUAAAACCUUACUUCCCUCAUCUCCCUCCGCCACAUUGACGAAACCUUUCUUUUGUUGGUAUUAAUUGAAUUCUUGGCCA